GGACGUAGAGGUAUUGUUGGAGGAGGAAGUGAAAGGGGAAGAGAGCAGCAGCAGCAGCAGCAGCAGCGGGUCUCCAGGUCUCCAGGCAGAACAGCCUUCUUACAAAGUGCCAAAUUGAAUCAUCUCAGUCUGCCUCCUCCGCUUACGACACGGUGUUUAAGUGGUCACACAAAGGGCGACUCUGUUUUUUACUAGCAUCUGAACCGAGGUGUUGCCAAACUAACGCGAGCUAACGAGUUGAGUACCAGCGAGGAAGCUAGCUAGCUAACAGCCGUAACGCCUAGUUAGCCUCCGACGCUAGCUGCCCCCUGAACAACAACAGCCUGCUCCGGUGCUCAAUUGUCCUCUCCGCUGUGGUACAGCCCCAAACUGCUGAAAAAUGACAUCCAGGAAGAAAGUGCUCCUGAAAGUCAUCAUCCUGGGAGAUUCUGGUGUUGGAAAGACCUCCCUCAUGAACCAGUACGUGAACAAGAAGUUCAGUAACCAGUACAAAGCUACAAUAGGAGCAGACUUCCUGACGAAAGAGGUGAUGGUGGAUGACCGGCUCGUUACAAUGCAGAUAUGGGACACAGCUGGCCAGGAGAGGUUCCAGUCCUUGGGUGUUGCGUUCUACCGUGGCGCAGACUGCUGCGUUCUGGUGUUCGAUGUGACUGCACCCAAUACGUUCAAGACCCUCGACAGCUGGAGGGAUGAGUUCCUGAUCCAGGCCAGCCCCAGGGACCCGGAGAACUUCCCCUUUGUGGUUCUAGGCAACAAGAUCGACCUGGAGAAUAGACAGGUAACCACCAAAAGAGCUCAGGCUUGGUGUCAGAGUAAGAACAACAUCCCCUACUUUGAGACAAGUGCCAAAGAAGCCAUAAAUGUAGAACAGGCAUUCCAGACAAUUGCACGUAAUGCCCUCAAACAGGAGACAGAAGUGGAGCUGUAUAAUGAAUUCCCAGAGCCCAUAAAACUGGAUAGGAACGACAGAGCUAAACCUUCUGCAGAAAUCUGCAGCUGCUAAAGGACAACUCGGACCAUCUUCUCACUUGGCUUUCUGAACCACCCUGUCACCGGUCACAUCACCUGCACCUUGCUCCAAGGGAAAGUACUUCCCUGCUGGUCUUCCUUCUUCACACCUCUGUUCAUUCCAUCAACACAACCCCACACAAAGUACGCUGCACAUGGAUGUACCCCACACCCACUGCCCACUUAGCACACAAAUUAUUACACUAGCGUACUCGCUGCAAAAUCCAUUGCUCAACGAUCACAUGAAAAGAAUGACACCCCAUCUGACCUCACGGUCCCUGACUUGGUAGCGAGUGAUCUCCAAAUGUUUGCCUGUGGCCCCUGAUUCUCACACACAGGGGCCCGAGGGAGCUAUGCUUAAACACUGCAAUUGGGAACUCUGGAAGGACUGGCUGAUGCUCUGUAGUGUGAGACGAUGUUGGCUAGUGUCGGCAUUCCAAGUAUCUUAGUCUCACAGUCUGUUUUCUAUUUGCUUUAUAUUGCCUGUCUUUCAACAAAUUACAUUUGUGUGUGUAUAUAUAUAAAUAUGUUUUUCCUCAAUUGGCUGAUAAUAUUUCUGAAGCCAAUCUGAAAUAUACUUCUUUUUUUUUCUUCUGCACUUUCUAUUAUGUUCUUGUCUUUUAAAUGUUAUAGAGGGAUGACUGAUUUUGGGCAACGUCGGCUACACACCUUCAAAUGAUCCCUGUUCAUUCUCCUUGUCCAAUACACACUGAGAAUCUGUUUGGUGAUUGUUUUGCCUUGACAAGGUUUGUGGGUUUACAACUGCCUCACCGAGCGGAAAUAUUCCUGAGAAGAAAUGUUGGAGCUAAUGAUGCAGUCACAGUGUAAAACAUGGAUUAAUUCUUAAUAUAUUCAUAUUUUCCUUUUAUGUAACAUUACUUGUACCGCUUCUAUUACUGCUGUAUGUGUUUACAUCCUUCAUCAGACAUCUUUCAAUGCUAUGGAAUUACAGGUCGUGUCACCAACACACACAGACACAAAUACAUCUGCCUCUGUCAUGUCUUUGUUAUCGCUGUUCUCUCUAUCUGCUUGUAGCUCAGGUCGGCUAAGUACUUAAUAUUUUUAAUGGAUUGUGUAUUACGGUGUAUAGACAAUAAAGGUAAAAGGCUGAUGGACUGAACAGAAAUCGAUGUUCUCUCUCCAUUUAAAGAAAAAAAAAUCCAACGUUUUGCCCUGCUAUUACUCCUUAUAGACGAAUAUCACUUCGAUGCCAAUGAUGUAGUCAUACUAAAUUGGGAUGUCAAAUAAUAAAACUCUUGAAUAUA